UUUUGUUUGGACGGAUGGCGUUGAAUCUAUGAGCCAACGAAUUAUGACCCAAAAAGAGGUGUGAAGUACUGUGAGCUUUCACCCUCCACACCUUACGAAAGCCCGAGCAUAAUUCGCAUGAAACUUGAACCAGAAGUCGGAGGUGUAAACUUUCAAUUUAACCCAGAUGGAUCAUAUGUAUAAAAUGGCUCGGCACUUGUCAUCAACUGAUUGAAACCCCUUCCCCUGUUUUCUCUCGCAUAACGGUUCUCAGAAUCCCAUGCCUCCAAGCAACCUCUAAUGAGAAUAGUUCGAACCCAAGUCGCUGACAUGUACUUUUCUUCCCUAGUUUUUUGCUCCCAAAUCCCUUCCUAUUAGGUCAGAUUUCAACCUCCUCUUAAUCCGAUUCUACAUGUGAACGUUCCUCUUUACUGGUACUAUGUCCCCUUCUCUUCCUCAUUUUUUCAAACGCCGAAUCAGCCUCCUCAUGACUUCCCCUGUUUUGCUUCUAUUGGAAUGAACUUGGGUUCAUGGAUUUAUUCCACGAGUGCCUCCAUGAGAUUUCUGCGGUUAACCCUCCCCUUUCACUAUGAGUAUGGGCUUUCCCACUGGGUUUUUGCACCGAAAGAUGGUUCUUUUUUCUGGUUAUUUUGGGGUCCUCCUCUCCUACCUUUGGCAAGCUCUGUUCUGGGUAUUCGACAGAAUUUUCAUGAGGUAUUUCAGUCCUGAAGCCAUUAAAUCAGCUCGUUCUGCGACUAUUUCUCAUGACUCAAAUUUUUCCGGGCCAAAAUCAGAGGCUGGAGCAGGGUAUUCCAAUUCUUCCAAAGAUGAAGUGUUGAAUUCUGAAAGUUUCGAGGAAGGUACUGAUUCUCUUCCAGAGGAAAGUGAUUCAGUAGACUCUAAUAAUUCCCAGCCAGAACCAGAGCCCAAAAUAGAGUGUUCUGAAAUUAUGGACGACACCGAAAGUGUUUGCAUUGAAGAAGCCGACUCGCCGAAAUUGGUCUUCAAGUUCCAAUACCAGAAUUGGAAACUCUUUGAAGAAUUUGACGAAAGAAAUGAUGAAAGUUCUCGUUUUGUCAACAACCGAGAUAUGAGUUCCAGCAAAUAUGAGUUCAUCUCAGGCAAUAGUGCCAGCCACUACUUGGAGGAACCCGAGGCUUCGAUUCUCACUGUCAAGGAAUUAUUUGUUCAAUCGAAUGAUGGGUCCUUGAAAAACAAUGCAACCAAGAAUUUUAGGUUCUUUUCUGAGAUUGAAGGAGGAGACGUCCUUGAAAAUAAGGCUGAGAAACUGAAAGCUAUGCCAUGUGUAGAAGCAACAGAACAACCAGAAUCAAGGAAAAAUCAAAUGAAAAAUCCUUAUAUUUCUACAAGCAAUGUUUUUCCAAGUUUAGGCCACGAAUCAAAUCCUAAGAGUUCAAAUAUUAAUUCUUUGCUCGGUAGUCAACUAUCGGAUUCAGACAUGGGAACCACUGUUGAGCUUGACAAGUCAAGAAACCAAGAUAAUGAAAAUGCAGGGUUAACAGAAGAAGAUAUGGACUUAGACGGGGAUAGAUGGUCAGAUAAUUUAGACGUUGGGUACGAGCCUGAUGAUUUUGAUGAAGAAGACAAAGACUUAAUGGAAGAGCUUCAAAAAUUUGAAGAAGAGGCUCAGGCACAGAAGCUGUCGGGUAAUAACGACAGUUGCAAAGCCGAAGAAUCUGGCGGCAAAGAAAAACGGCUCAUUGAUUGUCCCGAGGACUCUGCGAAACCCAAUUUGCAGAGCUCAAUAGGUUCGGAUCUUGAGGACUCCAACAGGUUUGAUAUACUGUGGGAACAUCAAGAUUUGAUGGAGCAGCUGAAGAUGGAGCUGAAGAAGGUGAAAGCCACGGGCCUUCCGACCAUUCUUGAGGAUUCUGAGUUUCCGAGGAUGAUGGAAGACUUGAAGCCAUGGAAAAUAGAGGACAAAUUCCAGCCUGGUACUAGUACGACCAACGAGGUCCCAAAAUUCUCCAGGAGCUACAGAGAACGCAUGCGAAAAUUCGAUAUCUUGAAUUACCAGAAAAUGUGGGCUAUCGUUUUUUUGCAGUCAAAGGAGCCAUUACAGUCAUUUUCGAGCCACAAGACAUCUUCUACAAGGAUCAUGUCCCAACUUUCACAAAGUUUUCACCGUUCUAGACCUAAAAAAUCAGAAUCAGACCCAGCGAAGAAGUUCAUUAGGGAACUGUACAGUGAUCUGGAAACGAUCUAUGUGGGUCAGCUGAGCCUGUCCUGGGAAUUCCUUCAGUGGCAAUACGAGAAGGCCCUGGAGAUAUGGGAAUCUGACCAGUACGGAACACGAAGGUUCAACGAAGUGGCCGGCGAGUUUCAGCAGUUCCAAGUCCUCCUUCAAAGGUUUAUCGAGAACGAACCUUUCCAAGAAGGGCCACGAGUGGAGAAUUACGUCAGAAAUCGUUAUGCCAUGAAGAAUCUUCUUCAAGUUCCAGUAAUAAGAGAGGACAACGCAAAGGAUAAGAAGAAAAUAAGAAAAAGAGAUUCGGAUGACGAUGCCAUCACAAGUGGCAUGUUGGUGGAAAUCCUAGAAGAAUCAAUUAGGACGAUCUGGCGUUUCAUUAGGGCGGAUAAAGACGCAUGUAACCUCGCACUCAGAGGUGCAAAAGAGAAUCAAACAGAACUCCAAGACCCUGCAGAUGCAGAGCUUCUAGCGCAAGUCCGAGCAGAGCUUCAGAAGAAAGAGAAGAGACUGAGAGAGAUAUUGAGGGGUGGAAGCUGCAUAUUGAAGAAACUGCAGAAGCAGAAAGAGGAAGAGACGGAUCAGUACCUAUACUUCUUUUCACAAGUGGAUAUGAAAUUAGUUUGGAGAGUGGUGAACAUGUCGAGGAUAACGACGGAUCAACUGGCUUGGUGUCGCAAUAAACUAACCAAGAUUAAUUUUGUAAAUCGAACAUUACAUGUACAACCCACGUUCUUACUUUUCCCGACCUAACCUUCAUUCCUAGCUUUCUUUUCAAUGCUCCCCCCAUUUCUGGUAGCAUUCUAAUCUCUUCCUCACAAUUCAACUAAGCCAAUAGUCACCGAAAUAACAUGUGGAGCAUUUACUAUGUAUGUGCCUUUUUUAAGAAGAAAAGGCAGCGUCUCAUUUUUUUAAUAGAUUAAUAAAUGACAAAAUAUAUAUA